UUCUCCGCCGGCAUCCCUUGCCGACCUCGUCCCCGGCGGUCUCCCAACAGCCACCUCUCUCUCCUGCUUCUGUUUCACUCGACCAUCUCCAUUACUCAUCUCAAACCUAUCUCUCUCAAUCUAAAGGAUCACCUUCACCCAUUUCACAGAUUGGUACGCAAGGGUUAUCUCCGUACAAAUUCACCUACUCAACCCCUUCUCCUAGCACGCAGCACCUGUGAUCCUGGGUCUAUGGGAACUGAGUUUUCUAUAAAGCAGAAACUGGUAAUUGUGUUCAUAUUCUUGGUUGGCGCUGACUGCUUUAUGCUUGGUUUCUCUUCUUUAAGCCAGAGAAGGAUUGUAACAUGGAGCGGCCAACAUCCCAUGGCACUGUAUUUGAGUCGUUAAAAACCACUUCUUUAAGUUCUCUCCUCUUGCUUUUGUUUUACCUUGUGAGGGAGGAUGGUCAGGAAGGAGGCGAUUUUCUCACGCCAUCGAUUUAUAUUGAGAGCUAUGGCUGUUGGAAUGUGCGAGACAGGUUCUGAUUCCUUCAAUUCAAAUAUCAGUCCCUUGUGUACUCCGAAUGAAUAUAUUCUGCAAUCUUAUUUUGCAAAACAUCAGCACUUGCUUGAUUCAGAUUUCCAAGAUUUCAUCGCAAAAAAUCUUCCCUCUUGCACUUGUGAAUCACUACAAAAUAAUCUUAAUAAUGCUGCAAAAUUAUCCAUUUUGCACCGCAAUCUAGCCGGUGAAGGUUCUCAUCGUCAUAUAUCCUCAGCUAUUAGUCUACAUACUCAUCCAGAGUCCCUAUCUCAGCUACCAACUCAUUUCUGUGAAGUUAUAAUCAUUGAAAGGCUGCCAUCUGGAGUCUUUGCUGACCCAUUUGAGCUUCAACAUCUUUAUCAACGUGGUGUGUUUACUGAAGUAGCUGUUUUUGGGGAUGCAAAUUUGGAAUUACCUUCGUUCCUUUCAAACCGGUCUGCUGUUGAGAUUCACAUGGAUGUUGGUCUUAAUAUCUUUUCCAAGCAGGAGAAUGAAUGGGAAAUCAACAUAGGGCUUCCAGUACAUGCACGGUACACGCCGUUGCAAGAUAGUGGGUAUGCAAGAGUAGAGUUUAGAGAUCCUGACUUAUUCCUGCACUGCAAAUUAGAGGGAAGCCCACAUAAUGAAAGCUGUUUGAUCAUGUCAAGAAACAGCAAUGCUGAAAUCCCAAUUGGUGCUGCUGUCUGGAAAAUACCUUCUGGGAUUAGGGCACAUGCAAAUGCUGUCUCUUUUAUUACUUUCUUUUCUUCUUUCUUAUCGACUCUUUUGAUUGUUAUCUCAUCAAUCUGGAAUUCCAACUUCAGACCUUGCAAAAACUUGAAACAAUCUUAAAAUGUAACUGCUGUGAAAACAAAUGGAGUGUAUUCUUUUGUAGUUUCUUUCAGUCAGAGACUCGAAGACCACUGCUGAGAUCUGAUGGUUCUUCUUUGCCCUUUCAAGAUUACGGGCAUAGAUCUUAACCUCAAACACUUUACUUGGCCAUAUAUGGUUUACAUUGUUGAAGACGUUUGUAUUAAAUACCCUGUUGAAUUUGAAAGAACAAUUUGAAACAAUUUGUCAUGUACAUGUGGGAAUUUUUACUCUUCUCUAA